CGCACCCUGGGCAGCCGAGAGGAGAAACAGACAAACAAAUCUAGACAACGUUCGUCGACAUCACCUUCGCCUUUCAUGGUGGUGCGUGCUGAAUUCGUGUGAUCAUUGCAGGAUCCUUUUCACGGCUAUCUCCACGAGCCAGUGUAACGGGAAACACGCCUUCUUCACGGCUACAAAGUCCCUCUGCCCACGAGUGAGCCACACCGAGGAACCCCUGGCUCUUCCACGGGAGGCAUGUACCAGGGUUCAUCAGGGCAGGAUUGAACUCCUACUUUCCCCCAAAGAGGAUUCAAUGAAAAUGUCAGUCGGCGUACAUGAGAACCGCAAAUCGCGGGCAAGCACGGGCUCCAUGAACUUCUACCUGUUCCACAAGUCCUCGUACGCCGACAGCGUCCUCUCGCACUUGAACGCGCUCCGGCAGCAGCAGCUCUUCACGGAUGUCCUUCUCCACGCGGGCAACCGGGCAUUCCCAUGCCACCGCGCCGUGUUGGCCGCCUGCAGCCGGUACUUCGAGGCCAUGUUCAGCGGAGGGCUGAGGGAGAGCCAAGCCAGCGAAGUGGACUUCCGAGACUCCAUUCAUCCUGAGGUGCUAGAGUUGUUGCUAGACUACGCCUACUCGUCGCGCGUGGUCAUCAACGAGGAGAACGCGGAGUCCCUGCUGGAGGCGGGCGACAUGCUGGAGUUCCAGGACAUUCGGGACGCCUGCGCCGAGUUCCUGGAGAAGAACCUGCACCCCUCCAACUGCCUGGGCAUGCUGCUGCUCUCGGACGCCCACCAGUGCACCCAGCUCCAGCAGCUCUCAUGGACCAUGUGCCUCAGCAACUUCCCUGCCAUCAGCAAGAGCGAGGACUUCCUGCAGCUGCCCAAGGACAUGCUGGUGACACUGCUGUCGCACGAGGAGCUGGAGACGGAGGACGAGCGGCUGGUGUACGAGGCGGCGCUGCACUGGGUCAACUACGACCUGGAGCGCCGCCACGCCCACCUGCCCGAGCUGCUGCGCACCGUGCGCCUCGCUCUGCUGCCCGCCAUCUUCCUCAUGGAGAACGUGUCCACGGAGGAGCUCAUCAACGCACAGGCCAAGAGUAAAGAGCUGGUGGACGAGGCCAUCCGCUGCAAGCUGCGCAUCCUGCAGAACGACGGGGUGGUGAACAGCCCCUGUGCUCGGCCACGCAAGACCAGCCACGCCCUCUUCCUGCUGGGCGGGCCCACCUUCAUGUGCGACAAGCUCUACCUGGUGGACCAGAAGGCCAAGGAGAUCAUCCCCAAGGCCGACAUCCCCAGCCCGCGCAAGGAGUUCAGCGCCUGCGCCAUCGGGUGUAAGGUCUACGUCACCGGUGGCCGUGGCUCAGAGAACGGGGUCUCCAAAGACGUCUGGGUCUACGACACGCUGCACGAGGAGUGGUCCAAGGCACCGCCGAUGCUGAUCGCCCGUUUCGGCCACGGCUCGGCCGAGUUGCGGCACUGCCUGUACGUGGUGGGCGGGCACACGGCGGCCACGGGCUGCCUGCCCGCCUCGCCCUCCGUCUCCCUGAAGCAGGUGGAGCAGUUUGACCCGGCCGCCAACCGCUGGAGCAUGGUGGCCCCGCUGCGCGAGGGCGUCAGCAACGCCGCCGUGGUCAGCGUCAAGCUCAAGCUCUUUGCCUUUGGCGGCACCAGCGUCACGCACGACAAGCUGCCCAAGGUGCAGUGUUACGACCCGGCGGAGAACCGCUGGACGGUGCCGGCCUCGUGCCCUCAGCCCUGGCGCUACACCGCCGCCGCCGUGCUGGGCAACCAGAUCUUCGUCAUGGGCGGCGACACCGAAUUCUCCGCCUGCUCCGCCUACAAGUUCAGCUCGGAGAACCACCAGUGGACCAAGGUGGGCGACGUGACGGCCAAGCGCAUGAGCUGCCAGGCGGUGGCCUCGGGCAACAAGCUGUACGUGGUGGGCGGCUACUUUGGCACGCAGCGCUGCAAGACGCUGGACUGCUACGACCCCACGCUGGACGCCUGGAACUCCAUCACCACCGUCCCCUACUCGCUCAUCCCCACCGCCUUCGUCAGCACCUGGAAGCACCUGCCUGCCUGAGGAAGAGGAGGAGGAGGAGGAAGAGGAGGUGGUGGAGGAGAAACGUCAGUGCUGCUGGGAUGCUGCUGCUGCUGGGAUGGACUGAUUGAUUGACGAUGAAUACACAUAAACAUGCGACAUUCAUACCAACACCUGCACCUUGAAGCACCUCCCCGCCUGGGAGCGGGGGGGAGGAUGAAGAGGAGGAGGAGGAGGAGGAUGAAGAGGAGGAGGAGGAGGAGGAGGAUCAGUGGGGCAUGCUGGGAUUGAUUGAUUGAUUGAAGAUGAAUACACAUAAACAUGCAACAUUCAUACCAACAACAAUGUCCAACGACACUGUCGUACCUGGCCACCCCGCUUCUCGUGAGGUUUUCUCCUCUCAUCCACUUUCUUCAUCCCUCCCUCCAGCCCUUCUGCCCCGUGUUUGAACUGUGAAGAAGCACAUUUUGCCCCUUCCCAUCUGCAAGAACACACCUUUUGCCCCGCACACUGUUGAGACUGUUUAGACUGAGAACCAACAAAGCGCUUUUUCUGUGACGUUACGCAAGCAAACCCCCGUGCCCCCCCCCCUGCAACCUUUGCUUUGACCUUUGAGUGGAUUUCUUGACGCUGGAAGGACUGCUGUACAGAGUGAUGUCAUAUCCUGUUGUCACAGGAAGGAAUAUGGUGGAGACAAGAGUUGUUUAUUGAUUUUUGUUUGUUUGUUUGUUUAUUUUUUUAUUCGAUGAACGCAAACCCCCCUUAUUGGCUGCUCGUUUCCCAAGAGACCAAUCGCCUUCAUCGUUGUACUAUAUAAACAUCUCGCCAUCCCAUCAUCGCCACCAAUGGCCUGUCGUCACGGGGACGGACGUUUAUCAGUCUCCAUGGAGACUGAGAAGGAUGUACAGAGCUGGAUGGACAGAACAGAGGAGGAGGAGGAGGAGGAGUGGAGAGCACACAUUCACACUCGUCUUCAUCUGACUGCUUGCGGCUCCCUUGCGGGGUUGCCUAAUGUAAUGUACUGAAUGCUGCAUGAAGGAAGAAUCUGGAUUUCUGUUUUUGAUGGACACUUUUUGUCUUAAAGACUCUCUCUCUCUCUCUCUCUCUCUCUGUCUCGGAUGGACAAAAGAGGAGAGAGGAGAGGAGAGAGGAGGAAAAGCAUGUUUGACAUCACAAGGACACGUCGUGAAGAGAGAAAUGCAACUCUCUCUUUCGCUCGAUUUCUCGUUCAAUUUCUCUUGUUCUCUUUCUCUCUUUCUGACUCCCUUUCCUGUUCAAUAGUCCAUUUACAGCCGUUGUGAAGUGUGUGUGUGUG